AUGGCCAUGGCUCAAAUUUCCAAUUCCCUCUGCUAUUACACUUCUAUUCGAGAUGUUUUCGUGUCAACUCCGGCAAGAGUAAAUUCAACUGCUGGAUUCUCUCGCAAUUUUGGAACGGCAUUCGCCACCGGUUCUUCCAUCUUGAUUCAGAGACCUCGCCAAAGAAACCCUGCAACCAAAGCAACAUCAGUUUCCAUAAGAUGUGAGCAGAGCACUAAGGAUGGCAGCAGUUUGGAUGUAUGGCUUGGACGUCUGGGAAUGGUUGGCUUUGCGACUGCAAUUAGUAUUGAAAUAGCAACAGGGAAAGGACUUCUAGAGAAUUUUGGGCUCACGGCCCCCUUGCCUACAGUGGCCUUGGCUGUUACAGCACUGGUGGGAGUUUUGACGGCAGUCUUCAUUUUUCAAUCUGCAUCCAAAAGUUGA